AUGGCUUCCAGCGAUAACACUGUUUGGAUCGUCACUGGCGGCAACAGAGGCAUCGGCCUUGGCUUCGUUAAAGCCCUCCUUGCUCGUCCCUCCGUCACCGUCAUCGCCACAGUUCGCAAUGACCAAGCCCGCACAUCUCUCGAUGAUGCUACUGUCGAUCUCGCAAAGGGUGACGGCACAACCUUGAGCAUUGUGCAGCUGGACUUUACUACCCCGCUCUCUCCUCACCAGAUCCGCAGAGCUUUCGACAUCGAUCACGUCGACGUUCUCGUCAACAAUGCCGCCGCCAGCUUCAAAUCUUAUCCUGUACUCGACAUCCCGACCGAUGACCUUCGCUCUGCGUUCGAUAUCAACACAAUCGGCCCCCUUACAGUUGUCCAGGGAGUUUGGCCCUUGUUGCAAAAGUCAUCUGCUCCCAAGGUGAUCAAUGUUUCAUCAUCUGUUGGCUGUAUAACCUACCAUGAAGUAGUCGCUGGUGCAUAUGGACCCAGCAAGGCUGCCUUGAACUGGCUUACGCGUGCUCUGCAUUUGCAGAAUGCGGACCUGGUAGCUUUUGCACUCCAUCCUGGUUUUGUUAAUACGGAAAUGGGCGAGUCUGCUGCUUCGGAGUGGGGAUUUCCUCAUGUUAUGCUUGAGGGCGUCGAGGAAGCAGUAAAGGGCAGUCUUGGAAUUAUCGACAGUGCUACGCGAGAAAAUGUCUCGGGCAAGUUUGUUAGUUACAAGGGACAGGAGCUUCCCUGGUAA